UUUUAUCCUAUAUUGACCUCUAUCUCUCUAUUUAACAGUUAUAAAAAAAAAAAAGGGGCCUGCUCCAUUCGAUUCACUGGAAACCCCCAAAAUCGCUGAAGAACGAACGCCUCUUGAGCUCAGAUAGGGUUUAGAUUUCUAGAGAUAAUUUAUGGCGACAUCUGAAGGAGGAGAACCGGAGUAUGAGAGUGAUCCAGAGGAGUUGAACCGUUCAUUGGCGAGGAGGAGGAGAGAAGCCAGUGAUGACGAUAGUGAUGAUGAUAGAGAUGUUGUUAAUAAUCAGAGGGAUGAGAUUGAUUCCGACAUCUCUGAUGAACAGAUUGGUGCUGUGAAGUAUGAUAAUGAAGAAGAUGGGGAGGAUAGUUUAGAUGAAGAGGAGGAGGAGGAGGAUGGGGAAGGUGUUGCGGUUGAUGAUGACAAGAGGAGUAGUGUUGUGAAGGAGGCUGGUGUUGAUUUGGAUGGGGAUGUGGAUGAAAAGGAGAAGCAACAGGCUGCUGUGCCCACUGGUGGAGCUUUUUAUAUGCAUGAUGACAGAUCAGCGCCUUACUCUGUGAGGCGAACUCGCGGUGGAAGGAGACCGUGGGGAUCUGGAGAGGAAGGAAAAUGGGGACAUGACAAAUUUGAAGAGAUGAACACUCGGGAUAAAAAUUAUGAUCAGAGGACUUAUAGAGGCCGAUUCAGAGGUCGGGGUCGGGGUCGGGGUAGGGGACAAGAGCGUGGAAACGCUAGAGGGAGCAGUUCUAACGCAUCAACCAGUAAUGGACAGAAAAUUUAUCUUCCUAAAGCUGUCACACAAGGGAGAGGUCCCAGAAAAUUUGAGACUCCACUGACAAAGGGAAAUCAAGCACAUUCCGAGCAAAGCAAACAGUUACGAAAUUCUAAUGGGUCACAAAACUCGCAUGAGAAAAUGUCCAACCUUGAUUCAAGACGUUCACCAACUGCCCCUGCUAAAACCGGGAAUGAAGGUCCCAAUGCCAGAAAGAAUGUAGCUGCUUCAAGUUUAAGUUCCGCUUCUCCUCCAUUUUAUCCUUCAGUGCCCUCCAGUAACUUGGUACAUGGUAUACAAGUUGGUAUGGAAGGACUUCACAUGAAUCAAAGUGCCGCACCUUCUGGGAAGAAGUAUAGGAAUACAAAAGCUGUUGUUUCACCAGUUUGGACUGCCAAGGCUUCUCAGUCCACGGGUCAAGGUAGAGGUGCACCUGUUACUGGAAAUGUGUAUUACCCGAAAGCUCAUAGUCAAGGUGACAGAUUUUCAUCACCAAUGCAACUGAAUGGAGAUUCAAAAGGCACUGGACAAAGCUGUAUUAAACCUUCUGGUCAGGGUUUUGAUCAGGAUUCUGCUGUUAUCAGAUCCUUGUCUUCCUCUCCACAGAGAACUAGCUCACUAAGAAAUCAAUUUCCUCAUGGUGAAAUAGAAUCUGCGUCGGAAACAGGUGCAUCGGGUGGCAAGGGAAAAGGGACUCUCCGGCCUAGUGGUGGAAGUGGCUCUUUUAUGUAUAAUGGAUCUCAAAUGAUGGGGCGAGCAGAAAGCCUGCCAUCUGCUGACAAUUCUACCUUCCCUACUUUUCUGCCUUUUAUGCAGUUUGGUGGUCAGCAUGGUGGGGUUCCGGCUUUUGGAAUGGCUUAUCCAGGAUACGUCCAGUCUGAAGAUGGUGUUAGAAAUCCGGAGAUGACAUGGAUGCCCAUUUUGAACGGUCCAGGAGCUUUAGGGGCUUCAUUCACUCCACCAUAUGUGGCUAAUCAAGCACACAAGCUAGCGUUAUCUUCCUCGUUAGGAUCCUCCAGCAGAGAGAAUAGUACAAAUAACCUUAUUGACCUGGAGAAUCCCAUGGAGAGGCCUGAGGUCACAGAGAGUGGGUCACGACAGCAAAGCAACAACCCAAGCAAGCAGCCUCGUAGGUACUCGGAGAUGAGCUUUAGGAAGUGAUAACAUCUGUGAGAAUAUAAGAAGAGGGUUUGGGGACUCCUUGGCGCAGGGCUAUGUUGCUUUUCCAAGGUUCGUUACAGGACACUUUCAGGCAGCAACUGUUCCUAAAAAUCUUUGUUUUAUGAGGGAGGGAAAGAAUUAAAAACAAUACUACGAGUCUACUACUAGCAAAUAGAAUGGAGAAGGAACGUGGUGGUUCAUAUAAAAGCUAUGGGCAUCUAUGUAUUUGUGUUUUUUUGUAUUUUCGGUCUAUGCUUGUUUGGUUUUACGCUGUUUUCAGGAAAGUAGUUGUCCUAAGCCUUGGCCAGCCUGUUUGGUGUGUCUUUUUUUCUUUCCAAGAAUCUAAAUCUAAAAUACUACUCUAUUUGAACAUGUAAAUAUACGUUUUGCGAUGGUAUUUGACGUUUUUUCAUCUU